AUGGCUUCCGCAAGCAAACCUACCUCUACUACCUCUGCACCACGGCGAAAGUCGUCGGGUCCAAAAGAGAAGAAUACUAUGAUCAUCACCCUCAAAUUAUCUCCUGAGAAGUUAAGGAGUGUUGGUCAACCUUUGAUCAAAGAAGACACUCCAUCAAAGGAUUCUACAUCAACAAUUCCAACUACUAUACCCGUCGCAACGAGUCAAAAUGGUGAUGCCCCCGCCGAGUCAAAUUCAAAUACUCCUGCACCGAAUGGCACUGCUACACCCGCUCCAUCAUCCAUGCCUCCUCCUACGGAAGCGAUCAAGAAGAAAGGUGGUGUGAAGAGAAGUUCUACUGCCGCCUUAGGAUCUGAUACAACUCCUAGAGUUAGAGGCAAGCCAGGUCCAAAGAAGAAAGCAAGAUUAGAUGAUGGCACAAUCGAUCCGACAGGCAAUACUCCAAGAGCACCCAAUGGAAAUGGCACUUCUCAUAGGCUUGGACCCAAGGCAAACCAAGGCGCAAUCAAUGCUGGUUUACGUGCACUCGAUCGUUCUGGCAAACCCUGUCGCAAGUGGGAGAAGCGUUCUUUCAUCAUAAAGACAUUCACGGGCAUCCCUAUCGAAAUACCCCGAUGGAGAGCCCCCCCUAAAGUAGCCAUCAAUCACAGCACUGAAGGUUCAUCAACUGGUGAUAGCAGCAAGGAGAACAAAGAGAAUAGCCAGGUUGAAAGUGAGAAGAGCAACAGCGCGAUGGAUAUUGAUGCUACCCACCUCGCUAGCUCUCCUGCUCCUGCUCCUGCUCCUGCUCCUGCCCUUACGCCCGCUCUUGCCCCCGCUCCUCAAGCUGAAGCAAAAGCUCAGGCUCAAGAGCAGCCCUCUGCGGUUAUCACUGCCUCCGCCUAG